AUGUUGCGAAUUUUCGUAAUACUCGCGUUAGCGAGCGUAAUACAUAGCGAAGAAGAGAUCAUGAAGAAUUUAACUACGGUUACAUGGGCUCAUGCUGUUAAUAACAAGACCUAUCUUGAAGCUGCUUUGGCGAGUGAGGUGUCCAUGCUCGAAGCGGACAUAGUCCUAGGUCAUGUGAAGGGUAAAGACGGUCCACCGAUUCCAGUGAUGGCUCAUCCACCAGCCACUACCUCGGAUCUCACCCUAGCAGACUUUCUCAGCGCUGUCUCUCAGUUUAACAACGUCAAUUCGAAGCAAAAGGGAGUAAAAUUGGACUUUAAGAGCAUCGACGCGUUUGAAAAGGCACAGGAUCAUAUAGCACCGUUUUUGAAGCCAGAUAUAACCUUUCCGAUAUGGCUGAACGCGGACAUCCUACCGGGACCAGUGGACGCGGAGACGAAGCCAGUAGACCCAGAAAAGUUCCUGUCCCUUGGCUCGAAGCACAAGAGAGCGGUCCUCUCCGUAGGUUGGACGACUCAGUACGGUGGUAACAUCACUGAGGGAGAGUACAGUCGUGAUCAGAUCGGUUCCAUGCUUCGGAUGCUGAACGAACACCACAUCAACCAGACUGUUACAUUCCCAGUUCGUGCCGGCCUUGCGUCUAACAGCCAACCCGUCAUCUUAGAUCUUCUUCGGGAAACCGGUUACCUUAACUCCUCAAUCACGGUGUGGUCAAGCGAGGGAGAUGCCGUGGAGGUGGACCGUCUCCGAGCUUUACUCCUCACCGUUGGACUGGAGAGGACCUAUCUAGAUGUCCCCCAGGAACUGGCCGCUAGGCUUCGUCUCCCCCCACCAGACACUAAAACUAAGCACUAA